AUGUCGAUCUGGCAGCAGUACAAUCAUGUGGACGCAGCAGGGCAGUGCACACGGAUGAGCCUGCUCGAUCCACGUUGCGCGCAGCCCGGAUCGCUGACUCCGGAGCGCAGCGGGGCGAGCCGGCAGCCUGCAGCCCUGCCGUGCGCACCCCAAGCAGGACGCUCCUCUCCAGCUAAAGGCGCCCGGCUGUAUUGCGUGCUGGGUAUUUGCCCACGUGACGUCAGAAAAGCCCCUCGGGACGUCACGGGGCCCCUGAGUUUCCCACGGGGCGGGAGGGAUGGAGGGGGUUUAGUGCGCGGGGCGGAGAAGGCAGCCAGCCAGCGCCCCCCACCGGCUGCCCAGCCCCACUGCGUGGGGCUGAGAGGGGCAGAGGCAGCUGAUGCUAUGGGGGAGAAGAAAGGGAGCUGGAAACAAUGUUUUUGCUGUGCUGGUCCUCCGCAAACCAAAUCUUCAAUAAGUAUAAAUCUAAACAAUGUUGAGCCAGAGGAACCUGCUGAGGAGGCAGAAGAAAUAAAACAGCAAAUUGCAGAAGACUCAUUCUGUGCUGAUGUCCAGGUGCAAACUUCCUAUGUCGAAAUACCACCAGGAAAUAGGUGGCGUUGGUCGCGAUUACAAACAGAAGCUCAGGUGCAAACCUCAAAUCUUGAACUACCAGAUGAAGAGACUUUCCUCCCAUUUGAAAGUGAGGUCCAGGUACAAACCUCAGAUCUUGAAAUAUUAGAGGAGGAGACUUCAUUGCUAUCAUACGGAGAGUUUAUUCCCCAUCGAAAGUGA